CUGGGCUCCGACCCAGCUGCUAUAUAAGGCUGGCCUGUAACUAGACUCAGCCAAAAGCAGAGGGCCCCGUGAACAGGACCUCUCAAGUCUGAGCUGCAGGGACCUUGCAGGGCAGAAAAGCUGCGCCAGCAUGUGGACUGCCUGGUGUGUGGCUGCUCUGUGUGUGGCAGCUGUCUGUGGCACCCUCCAAGAGACAAACACUGUCCUCAGGGUUACCAAAGAUGUGCUGAGCAAUGCCAUUUCGGGCACCCUACAGCAGAGUGAUGCUCUCCGCUCAGCCCUGAGAGAGGUGCCCAUGGGUGUCAGUGGCGUUCCCUACAACGAUUUCCAUGUCCGAGAGCGCCCCCCAAAAUAUACCAAUGGCAACCAGCUUGGCGGUAAUUACAAGUAUGGUCACAUCGAGACCAAUGACAACACCGCUCAGCUGGGGGGCAAAUACAGAUACGGUGAGAUCCUUGAGUCAGAUGGAAGCAUCAGGGACCUCAGACACGGCGACUACCGCAAUGCCGAGAAUGCAUACGGGGGCCACAGGGGCCCCGGGCGGUACAGGUCCGCCGAAGGUGCGGCAGCCUUGGGCCGGCGUCACCGGAGAGAGCUGCGGCCUGGAGAGAUCCCGCCCGGUGUAGCCACGGGGGCACUGGGCCCAGGUGGUUUGCUGGGCACUGGGGGCAUGCUGGCAGCCGAUGGCAUCCUGUCGGGCCAAGGUGGCCUGCUCGGUGGAGGUGGUCUCCUUGGUGAUGGAGGACUUCUCGGAGGAGGCGGAGUCCUGGGCGUGCUCGGCGAGGGCGGCAUCCUCAGCACGGUGCAGGGCAUCACUGGGCUGCGCAUCGUGGAGUUGACCCUACCCCGGGUGUCGGUACGGCUCCUGCCUGGCGUGGGCGUCUACCUGAGCUUGUAUACCCGUGUGGCCAUCAACGGGAAGAGUCUCAUUGGCUUCCUGGACAUCGCCGUGGAAGUGAACAUAACGGCCAAGGUGCGGUUGACCAUGGACCGCACGGGCUACCCUCGGCUAGUUAUUGAGCGAUGUGACACCCUCCUGGGAGGUAUUAAAGUCAAGCUGCUUCGAGGGCUUCUCCCCAACCUCGUGGACAACUUAGUGAACCGAGUCUUGGCCAACGUCCUCCCUGACUUGCUCUGCCCCAUUGUGGACGUGGUCCUGGGUCUUGUCAAUGACCAGCUGGGUCUCGUGGAUUCUUUGGUUCCUCUGGGGAUAUUGGGAAGUGUCCAGUAUACCUUCUCCAGCCUCCCGCUUGUGACUGGUGAAUUUCUGGAGCUGGACCUCAAUACUCUGGUUGGGGAGGCUGGAGGAGAGCUCAUUGACUACCCUCUGGGGCGGCCAGCCAUGAGUCCCAGACAAAAGAUGCCAGACUUGCCCCCCAUGGGCGACAACACCAACUCACAACUGGCCAUUUCUGCCAACUUCCUGGGCUCGGUGUUGGCCCUCCUGCAGAAGCAAGGGGCACUGGAUAUUGACAUCACCAACGGCAUGUUUGAAGAGCUUCCUCCUCUCACCACGUCCACGCUGGGUGCUCUGAUUCCCAAGGUGUUCCAGCAGUACCCUGAGUCCCGCCCACUCACCAUCAGGAUCCAGGUGCCAAACCCACCUUCGGUGACGCUGCAAAAGGACAAGGCACUGGUGAAGGUGUUUGCCACCUCUGAGGUCAUGGUCUCCCAGCCCAAUGACGUUGAGACCACUAUCUGCCUCAUUGAUGUGGACACAGAACUCUUGGCCAUGUUCUCCGUAGAGGGAGAUAAGCUCAUGAUCGACGCCAAGCUGGACAAGACUCACCUCAACCUCAGAACCUCAAACGUAGGCAACUUUGAUGUUGGCCUCCUGGAGGUGCUGGUCGGGAAGAUCUUUGACCUGGCGUUUCUGCCUGCCAUGAACGCUGUGCUGGGCUCUGGUGUCCCUCUCCCCAAAAUCCUCAACAUUGACUUCAGCAAUGCAGACAUCGACGUCUUGGAGGACCUUCUGGUGCUGAGUGCCUGAAUGACAGAGGCAGAGAUGCUACUGCAGCCCCAGAAGAAACCAGAGCUAGCCCUGGAAAGGCUCUGCCUGACACAGUCUCCAGCUCUGAGUCCCUUCCACCCCAAACAACAAAUCCCUCCCAAGCUUCCCAACCCUCUUCCCACCUGCCCCCAACCCAAGAAGGUAACCAACCAGUGACUCUUCUGGCAAAUAAUCUUAUGGGCAGCCCCUGCAUUGGGAUGGAGGUCCCCUGGUGGAUUGAGACCUCUUGGACUCCAUGCCAGACUCCACACUGCGCACUUUACACUUUCAAUAAAAGAUGCCAAUUUCCCUGCAGUUGGGGCAAGUCUCCACAGAGGACCCUCCCUCAGGGUCUGGGUGUUUCUUCCCUCCAUGGCUGCACUGGGGGCACCUGGCAGUUGUAGCUACGAGCUGAUGGAGGAUGGUUCAACUCAUGACUGAAAAAUAUCAGACACCUCUGAGGACCCUACAGAUGGACAGGAAGAGAUUUAAUUCAGUUCUCACUGCCUUGGUUCAGGGCUCAGUUUAGCUGAUUCCUCUUGCCUCAGUUUUCUCAUCACACCUCAGCACAUGGGGGGGGGGGGCCCAGACUCAGAAGCAACAAGGUCAGAAUCCUCAGGCUUCACACUGCCAGAGGCAUUGCCUUAUAGCCAGCCUAGCUCCUGUGUGCCAUGAUGACAAGGGUCUUCACUCUUUUCUUGGCUUCCAGCUGCCCCUCUCUAUCCUCUCCUUUUCUGUGUUCCCAACAUGACUUGCUCAGGUCCAGAAAGGUGGACAGGUGUAUCCCAGGUCCCAGGGGAGAGGUUAAAGGGACCCAAAAAAAAGACUCUCUGUCCCAUCUUUCUGAGAGCACAUGUUCAUCAAGGGCUUUCUACCUGCUGAGCCCUGUACUCGGGCUUUGUGACUUGAUCUCAUUUAACCUCAUGAGAGCACCAUAAGGUAGGUCCCUAUUUUGCAGGUGGGGAAAUCGAGACACCAAGAAAUGCAGGGACUUGCCCAAGGUCACACAGCUGCAAAGUGGCAGAGCUGGAGUUGGAACCUGAUGAUUUAGCUCCAGAGCCCAUGCUUUAACCACCCACCACACUGCGCCUGUUCAUAAGCUAAAGGGAGAAGUUCCAGGCUAAAUUUGGCCCUAAAGGUGUGCAGUUCUCAGCAGAAAGAAAGCAUAGAGUCACACCCCAGCACUACUUCAGUGCAUCUACUAAGAAGAGAGGCACAUCACUUCCACUUAUGUUUCAUUAGCUGCAGCAGGUCACAUGACUCUGCCUGACCUUCAGGAGGAGGGAAGUGUGAUCCUUUCUUAUAGUGAGGAAGGGGAGGAAAACCAGAUAUAUUGGUGAGCACAAGUAAUGUCUUCCACACUCUCCUGUGUCCUCCUGAGAAGAUGAGACUGGAGACAUAGCUGGGGCAGGGGAAUAGUGAAACUUCUGUUGCAUAGAGAGUCUACAGAAAUGCAAGGCAUCUCAUGCCUUCAGCUGCAAACAAAGGAGGCACAGAUGCAGCAACAGCCCAGAAAAUGAGCAAGGAGGCUCAAAAGCCUGGUUCUUUACAAGCAUGCCCUUGGUUUCUAGAAAUAAAGCCCAAUGAUGAUGAGAGCUUCAAUGAAACCUAGCCCCUGCCCAUGUAUUGUCCUCUCAGAGCACCUGUUCCUCUAACCCCCACCCAAAGGCUCCUGGAAAACCUGUCUGCCAGACAGUGAGAGGAAGAGCCAGUGUCUUCACAUUAAAAACCAUCACGCUGCAUUCUACAGAGAGGUUCCCCUGCCACAGGACAGCUUUAUGCAUCACUAAGCUCAACUCUGGCAUCAGGAGGUCAUUAGAGAACAAGAAUCUUGGGGGCCCCUGGGUGGCUCAGUCAGUUAAG